AUGCUCAAGGCUGGGAACAACACUGGCACCACAGUCCGCACAGACUCCACAGACAUGAGGAAUGCUUCCUGGACGCCCCUGCUUAGACAUAGGGACGGCAUUGGUGAGCAUACCGCCCGUCGCAACAGCCACUUGAUGGCUGUAGGCAUCACUCAACAGGCUCUUGAGCCUGCUGUUCACAGCUUUGCUGUGCGGGUCCAAUCCAACUGCGCGAGCAACAAGAACAUCACGACAAUCACCCGGAAUCCACGUAUCAAGGGUCAGACCUCGCCACCAUUUCCUGAGUUGAUGCAGGGCCUUGUCCUGAGCCACCUGGUCACAGCGGAAAACGAAGCGGUUCGCAGUGUCACGAAGACCUCUUUCAAGAGCCCUCAAGCGGUGCAGCAUAUGAGCUCGCUGCUCACAGUUUGCGGCAUGUUCCAGUUCUUUGCCCGAACGUGCAACGUUCUUAAGUCCCAGCACUCAGACGAGCACAUGCAAGCGAUCUCCUUGAAGCAGGGCAGGUGGAACCACAAGAGGCAUAUGGAGAAAGAGGACAAAGCUCAGCGGCUUAUGGACACCACGAAGACCAUCGACUUAGGAAAACAUUUGGAGUCAGUGAAGGAAGUGAAGAAGAAGCGAACAGACGAGGCCGGGCAGGCAGCAUUGGAAACGAAACAGAAUCCUGCGGGGGAUGCGGAGGCAAUGCCUCUCGUUGACAAAGAUGCCGUGGAGGGUGGUGAGGACCUGUCCGCAAUGGCUGCUCUCUUCGAAGAUGACGAGGUUAUUUUUGAAGAAGAAGAAGAAGGCAAGGUUCGAGACGGAAACCUUGAGGACAACCUGGACUCGCAAGACCAGCUGAACAAGACGGCCAAGAAGGCUAAGAAAGAAAAGAAAGACAAGAAGAACAAAGACAAAAAGGAGAAGAGCAAGGACAAGAAAGAACACAAGCACAAGAAGGACAAGAAGGACAAGAAGCGGAAAAGAGAAGCUGAACUGGAAGACGACCUGCCCGGUUGA